GUGAGAAAGGAGGUGUAUCUUGGCAGUGAAAUAGAUCGGUGGUGCCCUAACUGCCUUGUGGAGCUUCAGCGCAUUGAUUUUGCCGAGCUGUGGGGUUGGAGAUCCAGCAGACAUCCACUCUUGUGAAGCCUUGCUUUUAGAGAAGACAGGAAAGUUGUGCCAGCUUAGGAUAGCUGCCAAACCUCAUGGCUCCUGCCCCUGAUUUCUACUUGAGAUACUACGUAGGGCAUAAGGGAAAGUUCGGCCACGAGUUUCUGGAAUUUGAGUUCAGACCUGAUGGCCAGCUGAGAUACGCCAACAACUCGAAUUACAAGAAUGACACAAUGAUCCGGAAGGAGGGCUUUGUGGCGCCUGCGGUGCUGGAUGAGCUGAAGCGGAUCAUUGAAGACAGUGAGAUCCUAAAGGAAGACGAUGCCAACUGGCCACCCCCAGACAAGGUGGGCCGCCAGGAGCUUGAGAUCAUCAUGGGGGAAACUCACAUCUCCUUCACCACCACCAAGCUGGGCUCGCUCAUGCAAGUGCAGCAGAGCAAGGACCCCGAUGGCCUCCGAAUCUUCUACUACCUAGUGCAGGAUCUCAAAUGCAUGGUGUUCUCCCUGAUCGCUGCACACUUCAAGAUCCAGCCUAUCCAGAGGUGAGAGAGGGACAGCCGCGGGUGCCAUUCAGGAGAGCAGUGCACCUGCGCAGGGCAAGCGUAUUGCAGAGCCCACCUGCCAAUACAGACUUCUCAAAGGCCAGCUGAGCAGGAUGACAAUAGUGCGAUGAAGCACAUCAUACAGACCGUGACAUCAGGUCAUGUUGGGUGACCAUCUGGAAUGUCUCUUGAUUGACGGCAGCGUCUGCACGUUUAUCUUUUGUGCACUGGGGCUACUUUCACCUAACGAAAUGUGGUCUUUGACCUGGUAACAUACAGCUGAACAGCUUACAUGGCCUUGCACCUCUUUAUAUGUUGGAUAAUCUGCGGGCGGGGCCAACAGGUUCAAAAGUGCAGUCGCGCUUAAUGUGUAAUUUGGAAGCUGCGC